UUACUGUUUCUUUAACAUAUACGAGGUAUUACAUAUCAUUGUCAUCAAAUAAUUAUAUUAUUAAAAAUAGUCGUGGAACAAAUACUCAUGCAGUUUUUACAUAUCCUUAUCAAUGGUUAAAAUAUGAUUCUUCAAAUCAAAUAUCUUUCAAUAUUUAUAGAAAGAAAGAACCGUAUCAAAAAAUUUCAUUUAAACUAACAAUAAAAUCAUCAAAUGAAGGAACGACAAUAAUUACAGAAGAAGAAAAUAGUAAUAAAACAAUUUCAACAGUUAUUAUUUCUUCAUCAAAACAAAUAACUGAACUAAGCUCU